AAGAUAAUAUCUUUUUUUGACAAUACUAUAGUGUGUCUGCUGCAGAAAUUGAUCAAUUGAAGCCAGCACCAGGUAGAAAUGCAACGAAAAUCAGAUUAAUUGGUAAAAAGAUCAGGAAAAUUAUUCAUAUUCAUAGACAUGUCUACUUGACCAUGCAUGCGCUGAAAUUAUAAGGUUUAUCCUUACGGGUGCUACGAUGAAGGAGGUCUUCCUCUUCGGUUGAGAUCAUGGUUGUUGUCGCGUUUUCGUUUGCCUAGCAUAGCUAACCAGAGAGCUUUCGUUUUUAGUUGUGAAAUUUCGACUUAUACAAUUCUCACCACUGGUUAAUUUUGAAAUAUAAAAUUGAAAACAUAACAUUUGAAUAUUAAUUAUGUAAUUUUAUUUGAAGCUGGUAAACAUUCAUAAAUGCCUAACUUUUUUUUAUUAAAUUGAUGAUUUAAGUUUGUAAUUUUAUUUGAAGCUGGUGAACAUUUAUAAAUGCCUAACUUAAGGGAUUCGUUAGAAAGAGAAAAACGUAUUGCUAAGGAAUUCGUAAGAGAAAGAAUUAGGUUGCAUGCAAGAUGGAUAAGAUUCAUGUAUCGCACCAAUGCCGAAUUAGGAAAAGAAGUUGAACGUGAUGAUCUUUUUUGGAAAGAGAAGGUUGAGGAGUUCAUUCAAGAGGACACCAAAACAAAGCAAACAUAUUUUUUUGGAGUUUUUCCAAAUUCCAUAUGGCCAUAUAAAAGGGGAAAGAAGUUGGAAAAUAAUACGGAGGAGAUUCAACGAUUAAAAAGGGAAUAUAUAUUUGAAAUAAUUGCAGACCUUCGCCGUCGUGCAGAUGAUGUACGUUAUUCAUCACAAUAUUACAUUUCUUUUAAAAGCAGAGAGUCUGAAUAUAAAGAACUGUUGGAUGCAUUAAAAGAUGACAACAACUAUAUAACCGGAUUGCAAGGGAUGGGUGGCACCGGAAAAACUACAUUGGCCAAAGAAGUGGGCAAAGAACUAAAGCAAUCUGAACAAUUCUCUCAUGUAAUUGAUACGACAGUGUCAUUUACACCCGAUAUAAAAAAGAUUCAAGAUGAUAUUGCUGGAUCUUUAGGAAUGAAGUGGGAGAAUUGCAGUGAAUCAGAGCGAGCCAUAAAACUGUGGAGAAGAUUAACAAAUGGUGAGAAAAUUCUUCUGAUAGUAGAUGAUGUGUGGGAUCAAAACCCACCUCUUGAUUUUGAAGCAAUAGGGAUUCCAAAUCGGGAUGAUCACAAAGGUUGUAGAGUUCUAGUAACCACACGUUGUAGACGAAUGCUCUACAAAAUGAAUUGUGAUAAGAGAAUUGAACUGGAUCUCUUGACCGAGGAAGAUGCAUGGAUCAUGUUUGAAAGGUAUGCCGGUAUAAGCAAUAGUUCCUCAAACAGUGUGAUCCGCAAGGGGCAUGAAAUUGCAAAGGAAUGCAAACAAUUACCAAUUGCAAUUGCAGUUAUGGUUCGUAGUUGUAAAGGCCACGGUGAUAGAAUCGUUGCAUGGGAUAUGACAUUAAAAUCCUUGAAGAAUCGUGCAUCAAUCCACUAUGUUGAUGAAGAUAUGGCUGAAAUAUAUAAAGCUUUGAAGUUUAGCUAUGAUUAUAUAACGGAUGAAAAAGCCAAGGGAUUGUUCCUCUUAUGUUCUUUAUUUCGAGAAAAUGAAGAAAUUUCUAUUGAAGUUUUAACCAGAUUUAUCAUAGGAGUUGGUCUUUUUGAGGAUAAUUAUGACAACUACAAUGAUGCUCGAAACAGAGUAAUUGUAGCAAAAAAUGAACUCUUAGAUCAUUAUCUGUUGUUAGAGGUAGGGGAAAAGCAUGUAAAAAUGCAUGAUUUGGUUCGUGCAAUGGCUCAAUGGAUAGCGAACAAAGAGAUUCAAGGAGUAAAUCUGUCUAAAACAAAUCAAAAGUUGUUUGUUGAAAGGGAAACAAAUAUUAAAUAUUUAUCAUGUGAAGGGAAGGAUAUGGAUUUGUUUUCCUGUAAGUUUAAAGGUUCCAAUCUUGAGACUCUUAUUGUCAAGGUGGAUAGAGAUGAAGACCGCAAAUGUAUAGAAGUCCCAAAUUCUUUCUUUGAAAACCUUGUCAAGAUUCGAGUUUUGUAUUUUUUAGGUAAUGAUGAACGGCCACUAUCACUACCACAUUCAAUUUGUUUGUUGAAAAACAUUCGAUCUAUGUUGGUUGAUAGCGUGGAUUUAGGUGACAUCUCAAUUUUGGGAAACCUGCAAAGUCUUGAGACACUUGAUUUAGUUCAAUGCACAAUCACUGAAUUUCCAAGAGAAAUUACAAAACUAGAGAAACUCACAUUGUUGAAGUUGGAAUAUUGUGAAAUUAAAAGGAAUAAUCCAUUUGAAGUUAUUGAAAGAUGUUCAUCCCUUGAAGAGUUGUAUUUCAUAGAUAGCUUUAAUGGUUUUUGUCAAGAAAUAAACUUCCCUGAGUUACAAAUAUAUCAUAUUCGUAAAGGGAGGGCGGUAAUGGAUGAUUCACUAUCAAAAUAUGUGGUUUUUCCUUCAAAUGAUGAUGCAUGUUGUUUUUCAAAUGCAAAACUACUCAAAUAUUGCAUGCAAACAGCAGAGGUUCUUCAACUAAAUGGAAUUAAGGGAGAGUGGAGAAAUCUCAUGCCUGAGAUUGUUCCUAUCCAUCUAGGUAUGGAUGAUCUUCUCGAGCUUCGUUUGAGUUGUAUUUCACAGUUACAGUGCCUCGUUGACACUAUUGGUUCUCAAGUACCAACUGUUUUGUCCAAGAUGGUUGUACUAGAACUGAAUAGAAUGGAAAAUUUGAAAGAACUAUUCAAAGGUACACUUUCCUUGGAUUCCAUGAAGAAUUUAGAGGAGCUGUCAAUCAAUGACUGUAAACAUCUGCAAAGCUUAUUUAAAUGUAAGCUAAACCUCUGCAAUCUAAAGACCAUCAAACUGCAGCGUUGCCCGAUGUUAGUCUCACUAUAUCAACUGUUGACUUCUCGAAACCUGGUGCUACUGGAGACAUUGAAAAUAGGUGAUUGUGAGAACCUGAAGAACAUAAUAGCAGAUGAAAGAAGAGAGGAGGAAUCAAUAGAAGAAAUACAUGAUGAUGGCAGUAUUCUUGGCUCAUUAAUGUUUCCAAAGCUUAAAGUUGUUGAUAUUGAGGGAUGUCCCUUAUUGGAAUCUAUAUUUCCUUUCCUCUUUGUUCAUGAUCUUCCGGUGCUAGAAACAAUCAAAAUCAGAAGAUGUGAUGGACUGCAAUACAUAUUUGGCCAAUUCCAAGAUGCAGAAUUUGGUUCACUAAGAGAAUUGGAGCUCUUUCAAUUACCAAAUUUCAUUGAUAUGUUUUGCAAAUCUAAUCAUCCCUCAUCCUUGUCUGAGAAGGGAUCAUCUUUCACUUCCAAUAAUGGUUCUAAGGCACCAUUACAGUUGGAUUUGGACCCCGCUAAAUGCAAAGAUACCGCAACUACUACAAUCCCAUUGGUUGAUGGGGACAACUCGGGGAAAGAGGCCAGUAAUCCGGAAUUUGACCACAAGGAAUCGAAUUCACAUUGCCUUAAUAACAAAUGUGUUGGCACAAUGUUUCCAAAACUAGAAGUUCUUGAUAUUGAGGGAUGUCCCUUACUAGAAUCUAUAUUUCUAUUCCUCUUUGUACAAGACUUUCCAGUACUAGAAACUAUCAAAAUUAGAAGAUGCCAUAGAUUAAAAUUCAUGUUUGGCCAAUACCAACAUGUGGAAUUCAGUUCAUUGAGACAAUUGGAGCUCUGUCAAUUGCCAAAUUUCAUUGAUAUGUUUCGCAAAUCUAAUCAUCCCAUAUCUUUGUAUGAGAAGGGGUCAUCUUCCACCUUCAAUUCUGAUUCCAAGGCCCAAUUACAACUGGAUUUAGAUCCCAUGAAAUGCAAUAUCUUCUCUGAAGAUAUCACAACUACUACAAUCCCAUUGGUUGAUGGGGUUGACUACUCUGAAUCAAAUUCAUAUUACCUUACCAUAUGGAAUCAAGCUCAAUGUCUUCAAAUACCAUCAAAGAUCCUUUACAAUAUUAAAAAGAUUGAAUUGUCUCAGUUUUCCAAGAUAAAAUCAGUAUUUAUCCCAUCCAUUGCUCCAAGAAUGUUGGUGGAAACUUUGACAAUAAGAAACUGUGAUGAAUUGAAGAACAUAAUAGAUUUUGGAGAUUAUGACAGUGGCAGCAAUACUUGGUGCAAUGUCUUCCCAAAACUGAAAGAGCUAUACAUUGAAGGUUGCCCAAAAAUGGAAUACAUAUUUGGACAGUACACUGAUGAUCAUCAAAAUCAAGUUGAUAUUCGGCUUCAUCUUCUGGAAUUGAACUGUCUAAAUCUUUGCAAUCUGCCAAGUUUAGUUGCCAUGUGUCCCAAACAUUAUAAAAUAAUAUUUCCUAUUUUGGAAAAAUUUAAACUCAGUAAAUGUUCCCAGGCUGCUAUCAAAUCUUUGAGUCAUGUCAGAAUUCAUCCAGUUUCAGAAUCUCUGGACAGUACAUUCAUAAAGGAAGAUGGUGCUGGCGAAAUUGUCAUAACAAAGUCUUCCACUCAACACAUCAAUGGUGAAACCUGGCAGGAACCUAAAAAGACUAAUGAUGUUCAAGUUUCCCGGAAUAAUGAUGCUUUUAAGAAAGAAGGCUCAAAUAUUGUGGAACAGUUUCCUAAGGAUCAUUAUACAAUAGUUUCCAAAUCUCUCGUUGCAUCUCAAUUUCCCUUGGUUCCUUCUAAAGGAGACCCUUCUCAAAAUGUAGAAUACUUAACUUCCUCUUCGCUUUGCACGAGAGAACUUGAGCAACUAGUCUCCAAGAAGCAUUUGGAUUACGAGAACUUGUCUUUGUUGACUGAUUUUCUUGUAAAGAAUCCUUCACUUCGCUUAAAGGAUACUUCAGUGAGUAAUAGAUACAAGGGUUGUGCCUACAACUUACUAGCUGAGCUAUUGAAAUUCCUCCAAACCCAUAGUGUGUUGGAUGUAUUGGGCUCAUGUCGCACUGAAUUUGUGGAGUUAUUACAAGAUGCACGCAGCUUUGGUUUUGAUAAGGAUUGGUUGGAUGAUGUUGAAAGGCGCGCUCUGUUUCCUGAUAUACAAGUCUAUCAAGAUACAUUGCAAAAAGUAUUGGAUUCCAGGCAACAGGUUACCAAGGAUGUUGAAGUGUUGUGUUCGAAGACAGACGGUCUUACGAAUCAGUUGACAUCCUCUGAAGCUAUUUUGAAGAAUAUUAGUCAACAAAAUGCGACUAUAAGCGCCUCUAUUGGCUAUUAGACUAUAUUUUCUUGUACUUGUAUUCCUUAACUGAUAAUUUGUUGUGUUUUUCACUGUGGGAGCUUUUGUCCUUCAAUGUUGUUUAUUUCUUGGAUGUGAAGUUUCAUCAUUUCUCAUCUGAAAUGAACUUAUAAACCUUCUUAUUAUGUCUGUGUAUUUAAAACUAUUAUUGAUUGUUGUAUGUUGCAUUGAUGGAAUUAUUUUAAUGAACCUGUUGACGUUUACUCAUUUGGCA